CUAUAAAAGUCGUGCAUGUCUCGUGCCCCUUUUUUGUAUUCUUGCAUUUUUAGUUUUGAAUAAUUCAAAAUAAUUUAUUCAUCGGAGCAAUCAGUUCUUUAAUAAAUUUAGAGUGAAAAAAAACUUUACUUGUUUAGGCUUAAUAGCAUAAGCAUUUGGUUUUUAACUUUAAAUAAUACAAGGAUUUUCUCACUCACGAUAUUUUAAGUAAACUUUGUUAUCACAAAACGGAAUAAGCUUUGGGAAAACUUAUGCAGUAAAAUAAAAGGAGUUACUUCCUUUAUUUUUGUAAUAAAUAGUUAAAAACAUGAUAUGCAGAUUAAUGAUCGUGAAUUUGGUGUCGUUGGCUCUGUGUUCCACUAGCACGACAAAAACUAGACAGCUGAAGCUGAAUGGGGAUUUUAUUCUUGGGGGACUAUUUCCCAUGCAUGAGGCAAAAGCUGUUGCGGACCCAAGCCAAUCUUGCGGACUAAUUAAAGAGGAGAAAGGAAUUCAACGGAUGGAGGCUAUGUUGUACGCUUUAGACCAAAUCAACCAGGACCCGGACCUUCUUUCCAACGUCACCCUGGGAACUUUCAUUCUUGACACGUGCUCUCAAGAUACGUACGCACUGGAACAGAGCAUGGAGUUCGUAAAGGCAUCUUUGACCACCUUGGACGAAUCUCAGUACCGCUGUGAAGAUGGGAUGAAACCGAUAUACAACCCCCAGAAACCGGUGGUAGGGGUUAUAGGGGCGUCAUCUAGUUCUGUAUCUGUCAUGGUCGCAAACAUACUUCGGCUUUUUAAGAUCCCCCAGAUAAGUUAUGCUUCAACCAGCACUGAGCUGAGCGAUAAAGCCAGGUUCGGCUAUUUUUCCCGAGUCGUUCCGCCGGACAAUUUCCAAGCCCAAGCUAUGGUUGAUGUAAUCAAAGAGUUAGGCUGGAAUUACGUGUCAACUGUAGCGGUAGAAGGAGACUACGGCGAGAAGGGCAUAGAAUAUUUCAAAAUGUUGGCUGAAAAGACAGGUCUCUGUAUAGCCGUGUCUGAAAAGAUAACCAGAAAUUCACGACCUGAAGAUUUCGACUACAUUAUCAAAAAGCUUGUAAAAAAAUCUCGAGCUCGUGGCGUUGUUUUGUUUGUGGACGAAGACAAUUGCAGGAAAUUACUAGCGGCCUCUAUUCGAGCUCGUAAAGCGGGUCAUUUUUUAUGGAUUGGAAGUGACAGCUGGGGUGCCAAAGCCCAUCCGGUUAGAGAACAGGAGGAAGCAGCAGAGGGAGCUAUCACAAUCCUGCCAAAACGAUAUGAAAUUAAAGGGUUCAAUGCUUACUUCAGAUCUCUAAACCCCGAAACUAACUUGAGGAAUCCCUGGUUUAAACCAUUCUGGGAACAAAUCUUCGACUGUAACUUUGAAACACUAGAAGUAAAUACAACCAAAUGCACAGGAAACGAAACUUUUACGAAAUACGAACAGGAGGGCCUAGUUCCAUUCGUUAUAGACGCCGUUUACGCUAUGGCGCAUGCACUUGAUGACAUGAUUCGUGACCAGUGUGGUAAUUCCAGAGUUUUGUGCAAAGAAAUUUUGCCUAUUCCACAUGGCAGCAGCCUUUUACAGUACAUUCGAAAUGUUUCUUUUCAAAGUUUACAAAAUGAAAACAUCGUUGUCAGAUUCAACAAAGAUGGAGACGCUCCGGGAAGCUAUUACAUCUACCAGUAUCAAAAACUAGAUGGCCAUAAGUUCGACUACAAGCGAAUUGGAGAAUGGAGUGAGCAAAAAUUAAGUCUUCACCUAAACCGAACCAAAUGGGAAGAUGGUAGCACUACUAUCCCCAUGUCCAACUGUAGUGAUCCGUGUCCAGCUGGACACGUGCGAGCUUUCCGACAGGGCACCUGCUGUUGGGUUUGUGUGCCUUGUCGAAAUGAUGAGUACAUUGUGGAUGACCAAUGCACCAAAUGCCCUGAAGGUUAUAUGCCAAGAAGUGACAAGGUAGCUUGCUCGAAGCUUCCGCUGGUGUACAUGACUUGGGAGAGCCCUUGGGCAAUUGUACCUGCUGUAUUUGCUGCAUUGGGAAUAGUUUUCACGCUUUUCACGUGUGCUGUCUUCAUUCGCUUUAGUCACACUCCUGUCAUCAUGGCUUCCGGAAGAGAACUGUGCUACUUGCUACUGUUAGGUUUGUUGCUAAGUUACGGUGUAAGCUUCGUUAUCCUAGCAAGACCCACAGUCCCCACGUGCAGCUUAAUGAGAGUAGGCCUAGGUUUAUGUUUAAGCCUAUGUUACUCCGCCAUUUUUACCAAAACCAAUCGGAUUUCCAGAAUCUUCAAUCGGGGAAUUCAAAGCAUCAAAAGACCUAGCUAUACCAGCCCACGAUCCCAGGUUGUUAUCUGUUUAGCCCUAGUAUCGGUUCAGUUGGUCUUUGCCAUAGCCUGGUUGAUAGCAGAACCGCCAAGCCUUAAGCAAAAGACUUUCCCUACCGGUAACUUUGCUGUGCUCCAGUGUGGGAUCUCCAGCAUGUCCAUGAUUGUUUCUCUAAUCUACAAUAUGCUUCUGAUAGUCCUGUGUACCGUGUACGCCUUUAAAACCCGCAAAAUCCCCGAGAAUUUCAACGAAGCCAAAUAUAUUGGCUUUACCAUGUACUCAACGUGCAUUGUUUGGUUGGCUUUCAUACCCAUCUACUUCAGUACCAACAAUGAUUUCAAGACUCAGUUGGCCAGUUUGUGUAUGUGUAUCAGUAUCAGCGCCACAGUUGCUCUCGGCUGUCUUUUCACACCAAAGCUCUACAUCUGCCUUUGUCAGCCUUACAAAAAUGUCCGCUCGGGUGGCACCCAAAGCAGCGCAUCCGGGGCCUGCCACAGUAUGAGGUUCGCUCGACCUACAGCGAGUGCUGCUAUAGCAAGUGUUGCAACAGCAGCAGUGAUUAGCUCUACCAGACACGCAACAGAAUCGUCCGAUAUCCGGUCCACAACCAACGGGGAAGUGACGUCACCAAGCGUAGAAGAAAGUAGUAUAAGCUAAAAUGGGUAGCUUUCAAUCUGAAAUACUUCAGCGAAUGAACACUUAUAAAUUACGUAAUUUUACCAACUAAACGUAAAACAAAGCUAGACGAUUUUGUCGGAAAUAACUUAUAUCCCUAAUAUCACAAAUGGAAAACUAUUAGCCUAAGUGUAAAACAUAAACACUGGAAUCAGCAUGUGUGCUCAAGCCUACGAGACUAUCCCGCACCCUCUGACAAGAACUGAAAUUAAAGCGCGAUUCAAUGACUUGUAAUAUCUACACGAUCCGAAAUGGCUCAACCCAAAGCCUAUCAAUAGCAAGUCAUCCAACAUGCUCAAUUUCCAGCUUCCUGCUACUUUCUGUGUGGGGCUCGUGUCUAGAUAGUUCUAUUCUCAUUUCCCUGUACGUCGACGCAUUACUGUCUUAGCUUUAGUAUAUUUAGUCUUUCAAUAUAAGAUGUUUUCGUUACCAGUUUCCAACUUCGAAGAAAAAUCAUUAAAUUAGUAAAAAGAAACCGAAUCGGUGGCAUAUCAAAAAAUUAAGUUUAGAUUAAUUAAUUGUACAUGUUUAACGUACAGUUCGCACUUAGUAAAGAUUUAGGGCUUUAGGCUACAAACAUAUACUUGCAUAAAUCAGGACUCUGUGAUUGCUCAUUGGUUGAUUUGAGAACCUUGUGUUUUAGGUCAAUUUCGAAAUCUGCUCGUGUCAUUCGCUCAAUGGAGGUGAUAUCUUGUCACACUAAAAAUAUUGGGUGCAUCAGGUACGACGACUUAAUGACGGCAUACAUACUGAUCAUGAACAACUAAUCAUUUUCUGAUCGCCAGUUCAUACUAUAUUACUAAAUCUAGUAACUACACAGACUGGGUUCAAACACAAUUACUGGUUUGUUUGUUUGUUUUUUGCUGUGGUUAACAGCUCGGGUGUGUUUUUUAACAAGAAAUAUUUUAUUUACCACCCUCGGAAAAACCAUAACUCUUCACUAAAUAAAGUGUGUUACGUAACACAUUCGGAAAAUCUGGGACUCUUCACUAAAUAAAGUGUGUUACGUACCACCCUCGGAAAAUCUGGGACUCUUCACCAAAUAAAGUGUGUUACGUACCACCCUCGGAAAAUCUGGGACUCUUCACUAAAUAAAGUGUGUUACGUACCACCUAAGGAAAAUUUGUGACUCUUCGCUAAAUAAAAUGUGUGUUACGUAUCACCUUCGGAAAAUUUGUGACUCUUCACUUUAUAAAGUAUGUUACGUACCACCCUCGGAAAAUCUGGGACUCUUUACUAAAUAAAGUGUAUUAUGUACCACCUUCGGAAAAUUUGUGACUCUUCGCUAAAUAAAGUAUGUUACGUACCACCCUCGGAAAAAAUGUGACUCUUCAAUAAACAAGAUGUCAUUUAAUCGCAAUCGGAACAAAAGUUUAUCAUCCACCUGAACGAUUUUUUAAUUCCGUUGUAAGAAUGAUAAUUUUUCCGAGGAAUAUCUUCAUGGAAAAUGUUGGUAGUUUUAUUCUAUGUUUAAACUACUUAUUGACUGAUCUUAAUGUUCGUUCAAACUCUCUGGCCCUAUUGCAUUCCUCGCGUGGGUAAAUUAAAUUAUGAAAAAUACUGUAGUGUUUAUAGUGUGUAUAUAAAGUAUACGAGUACCUGUUACUAACCUGAAUUUAGAAUAAAUGCAGAAUAUAUUCGUGAGCACAGGAUUUAUAUAAAAACCUACAUGUUUUAUUUAAUUGUGUUUCAGUAACAUUAGUGUCUGAUAUCGGUAAAGGGGCUCACCGCAUGUCAGGACACUAAAUCUGAUCUGUUCCUGUUUUUUUCCAAUGUUUUCAGCCAUAGGUCUAAUCACAAUGGAAUAUUAUUAUCAUUUGACGUUUGACAGAUGUUGGACACAUGUCAAGUUGGUGUCUGUGAUACGUUGUCGAAUAUUUAUAGUUAACUGAGGGGUGGGGGAUAUCUAUAUCUGUAUGACUUUAUCAAAAAAAAACUUUGUACACCAAAAUAGUUAUUGUGAUGACGCGUACCUGAAUAUUUAGUUUUGUGGUACUUUGUUUUUGCAAGUUAUACCAGUUCUGUAAAGAUUUAGCUGAAGAAAAUUAUGUAUUGGGUAAAAUAUUUAUAACAAAAUGGUAAACCGUUAUAACGCUUUAUUAGAUUUACAAAUACAUAAUUAUAUAUGUAAUUUAUGUGUGAAACAACGUAAUAUUAUACAUGAAAUUAUUCUAAUCAAAAGGUGUAUCGUGUUGCUUGUGCAUACUUAGCAUAUAUUGCGUCAGUGCAAGUUCGUUAGUUUUUAAAAUAAAGUACAAUGAUGAUAUAUAUAUCAAUAUAAACAUUAUAAACAAAAGACGUGUAGUAUAAUUCAGGAGCUAAAUCUACUUGUAUGCGUAUUUGUGGUAAUAAAAUUCAAUAUAUUCCAUGUAGAUUAUGUAUAACCGUAAUUAUUAAUAAAAACUCUCAUGAACAAAUUAACUGUCUCACACC